AUGGAGCUGCGUCAGCCUCUUCGGGAGGGGACACCGGGACGCGAUGCGAGCUCGUCCAGUGUGGGCCAGUCGCGCCGCAACCGAAUUUUCACGGUCUGCGACCUCUGCUGCGAUCCUACGUGUCGCCUUUGCCCAGUAGGAUGCUGCUUUUGUCUUCUUAUAGUUGCCAAUGUACAGCUGAUUGCCUGGCGGCUGCUGGUGAGGUGCGGUCCCUCGCACGAGCAUUUCGAGUGGGGGCAUGUGAUCCCGAACAGCACGAUGGCGCACGUCAAGUCCUCCAUGGAUGAAAUGUGGUACAGCCUGGAAGUUCGAGAUCAGAGCGAAACUGACACCGGGCGCUGGUGGGUUGUCGACUCUGCGAUUGGCUUCUACACGCAUUUCCUCUACCAGGACCUAAAACUCAGCAGCCAACCUAUGGCUAUGGAAGCCUGGCGCCAUUCCUACAUCUUUGCGUCUGACCACGUCGAAAUGCGGAUGUGCUCAGGUAGCGAUGCGAGAUUCUUCAUUGACGUUGGAUAUUACCAUCGGAGCGAGGAAGUCCUCGACUAUCACUAUGAGAUGAUCGUGACGGACUCCCAUGGUCGACGCGUAGCGACUUCCAGAAAAGUGGAGGGUCCUGCGUGGCGCGCAGUGGUGGAGUCCCCUGGCGGUGAAUUGAUCGCCACGAUCCGACGCCAGCGAACUACCAGUGAGGUUCUAGAUCCGGACGACUACGACUAUGCGGAAGACGGAUGGUCGGCCGAGAACCUGCGGCCGGACCUGCUGCCAAACGAAGUCGUCUCAUUGCUACAGGCGAUUUACGUGGUCAAUCUCAGCAACAAGCUGGACAACGAGAGGGACGACCAACAUGUCACAGUUUCUUCCCGCUAA